AUGAUGCGGCUUGCUAGCCUGUCGUUGGUCCUGCCGCUAGUGGCAGGCCAGGCAGCACUUUACGGUCAGUGCGGCGGAAGUGGGUGGGCUGGAGCUACGACCUGUGUCUCAGGAGCUUGCUGCACCUACUCCAAUGCAUGGUAUUCUCAGUGUCUGCCAUGCAGCUCAACCUUGACCACUACUACUAAGUCGUCGGCAACUUCGAGCUCAACAACUUCGACAGUUCAAUCGACUUCAUCGGCGACCUCCACGUCCAAGUGUAGUCUUCCCUCAACCUACAAGUGGACAUCUAGCGGGCCUCUAGCAAACCCUGCGUCGGGCCUCGUCUCUCUUAAGGACUUCACUGCCGUGCCAUACAACGGAAAGCACCUUGUGUACGCGUCCGAUGUCAACAGCGCAGGCAACUACGGCUCGCUGGGCUUCAGUCUAUUCUCGGAUUGGAGCGCCAUGUCCUCCGCCACCCAAACCACCAUGAGCAGUGGUGCGGUUGCCCCGCAAGUCUUCUACUUUGCGCCCAAGAGCAUCUGGGUCAUGGCCUAUGAAUGGGGUCCCAGCCCGUUCAUGUACAGGACAUCCAGUGACCCGACAAACCCGAACGGAUGGUCCUCUGCCCAGUCGCUCUUCAGCGGCUCCCUCGGCGGAGGAUCCAGCCCUAUCGACCAGGCCCUUAUCGCCGACGACACAACAAUGUAUCUCUUCUUCGCGGGAGACAACGGCAACAUCUACAGGUCUUCCAUGCCCAUCGGCAACUUCCCAGGAAACUUUGGCACAUCAUACACCACUAUCCUGAGCGACUCACAAUUCGCUCUCUUCGAGGCUGUCCAGGUUUAUCGCGUGCAAGGACAGAACCAGUACCUGAUGAUCGUGGAGUGCAUUGGCGCAAACGGCAGAUACUUCCGCUCCUUCACUGCUACCAGUCUCGGUGGCUCGUGGACGCCGCAGACCUCAGGCGAGUCUGCUCCAUUCGCGGGCAAGGCUAACAGUGGCGCUACUUGGACCAACGAUAUCAGCAGUGGUGAUCUUAUUCGCAGCAGCGCUGAUCAAACGAUGCCCGUUGAUCCUUGCAACUUGCAGCUCCUUUACCAGGGACGGGACCCUAGCUCGACGGCCUCUUAUAACCUCCUGCCAUACCGUCCUGGUCUCUUGACUCUGGUUCGCUAG